AUGCAUCUAUCAACGCCAGAGGGCGCGGGCACGGUCGCACCGAAGGAUCGACGGCCGCUGAAGUUCUUGCUUCACUGCUUCUCGGCUACCGGUCAUGUCUUGCCUAUGCAGGCCGUUGCGAGGGAGCUUGUUGAGCGAGGGCACGAAGUUGUUUGGACGACAAUCGCUCCUCAAGAAGCCCGAGUUGUUGCUUCGGGAGCGAAAUUCGUCCCGGCGGAGAAUGUGAUCAAGGUCGAUGCCAAUCUUGACGGUGCAGAUCCGAAGGACAUGGCAGAAACAGCGGAGGUCAUGUUCGGCGGGCGGCUCACGGCCCAAGUGGCUGAUAUCCGCAGGGUACUGAAGACAUUCAAGCCUGACUAUGUCUUGAACGAUGCACUCCCGCAGGGCAUGGCAGCUGUGUACGAACUUGGAGAGAUCCCAUCCUACGCGACGCUCGGAGUUGUUCCUCUGUACCUCCCGGAGGUCGGGCCCGAGCCCACCGCGCAUCCGGCGCAGUCUGCCCUCGGCAUGCUCCUGAGUCAACCGCGGCUGGUUCUGCCGGUCAUCAAUCCGGAGAGAGAGAAAUUAGGCCUGCCGCCGCUGAAGCCCACAGAUGCAUUCUCAUACAGCCCAUUCCUGCAUAUCCAGGCUUCGUGCCCAUCGCUUGAAUUUCAAGAAGGGCCCGAGCCUAUCAUCCCUCAAGCACACUAUGUCGGGCCCUUGGUCGCAAAGAUCGGAAGCUCAAACGCCAACUUGCCUGAGUGGUGGGAUGAUGUGCUCAGCGCGCCUUCGAAGGGACAGGACAUUCUUUUCCUCACGCAGGGAACCUUUGCCAUGGACCCGACGUCGCUCAUCAUUCCUGGACUCCAGGCACUGCAAGAAGACAAGCGCUUCCUGAUAGUGGUGCCGUCGAAGCUUGGAGACGAGAUCCGAGCGAAGGUGCAGAUUGAAGACAACGUCCGCAUCGCGGAUUGGGUUCCUUACGACCAGCUCCUCCCGCGCACGAGACUACUCAUCACCAACGGUGGUUACGGCAGCGUCACACAAGCACUGUCCCACGGCGUUCCUCUCAUCUGCGCUGGUACAUCAGAGGACAAGAAGGACACGUCUGCACGGGUGUCGUGGGUUGGCGCAGGUAUCGACUUGAAGACAGACAACCCUUCUGUGACCCAGGUCAAGGAGGCGGUCUACAAGAUUCUCAAUGACUCAAGUUACAAGGACAAUGCGACUAGAAUCCGGGAGGAGUUGAAUGCACAGGGCGGUGCGAAGAGGGCUUGCGAUUUGUUAGAGAAGGCUGCACUAGAGCUAGACGUCAGCAAAAGCAUAUAA